AUGAAAGCGCUCCAGAUCCCGAGGAAGGAUAUCUUCCUAUGCACAAAGUUCGGACUCCUCCCUGCUCCCGGAGGUGUGCGUGGUGAUCCUGAGUACGUCAAGUCCGCUAUCGAGCGCUCCCUCAAAGACCUGGAGGUGGACUAUGUCGACCUCUACUACCAGCACCGUGUCGACCCCAAAGUCCCGAUCGAAGACACAGUUCGCGCUAUGCAGGAGCUGAAAGAUGCUGGCAAGAUCAAGCACAUUGGGCUCUCGGAAUGUUCUGCUGAGACACUUAGGCGCGCAGCUAAAGUCGCGAAGAUCGACGCUGUGCAGUGGGAGUACUCACUCUGGGAGACGAGCGUGGAGCAUAACGGUAUUCUGGAAGCGUGUAAGGAGCUGGGGAUCACUCUCGUCGCGUACUCUCCUUUGGGAAGGGAGAUGCUCAGUGGCAAGUUCAGGAAACGCUCUGACCUCCCGGCUGGUGACUGGAGGCUCGACGCGCCUCGUUUCAGCGAGGAGAACUUCCCCAAGAACAUCGAGCUCGUCGACCAGCUCUCCGCUUUCGCAUCUCAUAAACGUUGCACACCCGGCCAGCUCGCGCUCGCCUGGGUACUCGCUCAGUGGGACGGAAUCAUCCCCAUCCCCGGUACGACGCGUGCUGAAGCAUUGGAAGAGAAUAUCGGGAGCGCAAGGGUGAGCUUGACACAGGAGGAACUUGGGGAGAUUAGGAAGGUGUUGGAUUCGUUUACUGUCGUGGGAACGAGGUACAAUGCGCAGGGUAUGAGCUUGCCGAAUAAGUAA